AUGAAAUUGUUCAGUCUCCCGUACCUUGCCUACUCUCGAAUCAUCACUUCAAUGAAUCCGAUCGAAGUGAUUUCCCUCUCAUUUUGUUCGAAAAAGUCAAGAGAAAGAAUCAAACAGAUACAUUUUCAUAAUGGUUAUGCCGGAAUUUCAACAAACGCUAAAAAAUGCAAAACACCGGUGUUUCAAUUACAAAAUUUGCCAGGAGGUCGACAUUUGUCGAUACCAUUCCAAACUGCUCCACGUUCCUCUCGGUGUAAAGGAAGAAGAUUUGUGGGAAUUAUAGAUGGAGUCAAACACUAUUUCAGAUGCACUCAGGCUCCAACAGGAAGUAUUAUAUAUAGUAAUAUCCCAAAAAGUUACUUCAAAAUAGUCCGUUAUAUGUUGGAUUUAGUACGAGAAAGUUUGGCUUUUCUUGAGUUGGAUUUGAAUAUGAUCGAUGAUUUGAAAGGAUUCAUAACUGAACCAUGCAUGAAAUCAGUUUCCGGAUAUUUAAACAUGUUCAGAUUGAGUCUAAAGUUGAAGGACAAGUGUCUACAAGUUUGA